AUGGGUGAGCGUGCAGAGCAACGGAGGUUUUGGGUACGGCAGGCCGUGCGGCGGCCGUUUGAGAAUUUGACCGCGCUGGAGCGGUUGGUGCAGGUGGUGCGGCUGGUUUCGACCGCAGUCGUGAUUGCUCUAGUGACCGUGCUGUGUUCCGGGCCCGCGGUGUUCCCACAGAGGUUCUACAUGUCGCGGCUGGACACUUUCUCGAGUGAUAUCGCUUCGGGUAUCUUUUCAGCGCUGAGGGGCAACAUUGAGACGGGCAGCAGCGGUGGAUCGACGGAGAUUAACAACGGUGUUGGGUUGACGACGUCCGAGUUGCUGAUCCUUACGUCGUACACGAUUAGCCAGGUGCGCAACGUGCCGCAGUUCAUCACAGUGUCGCUGUACGGGACGUGCGACGCGUGGUUCGCGAGCAGUACGGAGUCCAUGCCGACUUUCGACACGGACGGCGGGUUCGCUAAAGUCACGGGCUCAGUGGUCACGUACGACUGCCAGUACCACGGACCGGAUUACUUGUUCGACUACAGGGAGGUUCUCUCGAACGUUGGGCUUGAUAUUGUCCUCGACUACGCUUACAACAAGGACCAGACCACCACGGGGACCACAAUGGGGACGGGCAUGAGCACAGACGGAUCCAAACAGUACACGUCGUACAUCCGAAGGAUACGGUUGCUCAAGGAACGCACGAUCCGGCUGCUGUACGCGGUUGACGGCGCCGAGUGCGCGAUACUCGUCCUCACCGUUUGGUACUACUACAUCAGGGGCAGACACAUCAGUCCAGUCAAGGAGAAAGUGCUCCUCCACGGCACCUCGUUGCUCUCGCUCAUGGUGCUCGUGUGCGGGCUCACGGCGGUCAUCUGCCUCGCGUGGAUCAACUACUCCGUCCAGGACAAGAUCAAGGUGGAACUCGAGGCGUUCGGGUUCUCGUACCACUUGGGCGGCGCCUGGUUCACCUGUCUGUGGGUUCUUGCGUUCUUCUUCGGCGUCUCGGCGCUCAUGUGGUCGGGACUCGAGUGGUGCAUCGCGGACUCGACUACGGACGCGGCAGACUGCGACGGAACAGCAAACGACGCUAUGAUCCUUGGCCUAAACCCGAGCUACGAUGACCUCGACGCAACCUCGACCCUGGGAGCCACGGCAGAACUCGAGAACCCGUUUGCAGAUCCUGUGCCCGCGGCGGCCAGAAGCCUCGCUUGCAACAACAAGAGGAUCGCCUCUAACAACCGGAAUUCAGAAGAUAACGACGAUGGCGACGACUACGACGACUCAGAGGCGUACGAACUUCAUAGCAUCUUGCUCCAGUCCUCAGACGGCGAGCAGCCGGACGAUCAGUACAGCGUGCAGCACAUCGUGAUACCGUCCUCGACCAUGCAUUUCUGA